UAGGUGAAGUACUUAAAAGUGGUUUUCUAUGAAUAUCUGGAAUCAUUUGUCUGGAAUUUUUUUAAACUAAUUUUAAUACAAAGAAGGAACCUUGAAAAAAUGUUAUCAGUAGAACUAGAAGUAAUAAAAAUUCCAUAUAAAAACUUAUUUCAUGGUCGGAACGGGCUGAGAAGAUGAUUAAGUAACAACAACAUUUUAAAUUUACAUUUAUUUAGCUACAAUCAAAUUCAAUUUUAACUAACAUACAGUUUAAACCAUGACUGUUAGACUUGUCACGCUUGGAAUUUUUCUACUAUUUGUUGGUCCGUGUUUUUCAAUAAAUAUCUUCAAAUAUUUGGGUCAGGCUUACCGUAAAAAUUUAAUUCAAUUUCACGAAGAUCCUCAAUUUGGAAAUAAAAAAAUAUUGGAUGAAUACGAUUUCAUAGUGGUAGGAGCUGGUGCUGCAGGAGCAACUGUCGCACGGCGGUUAGCGGAAGUCUCAGAAUGGAACAUACUACUAUUGGAAGCUGGUGGAGAAGAAUCAUUGAUAACUUCUCUUCCAAGUAUUGCUCACUAUUUACAAUUUACAAAUUACAAUUGGGCAUAUCAUACGGAAGAGGAGUUAUAUGCUUGUAGAGGGCUUAUAAACAAGACUUGCCCUUGGCCAGCAGGGAAAGGAUUAGGAGGAAGCACAAUAAUUAAUAAUAAUAUGUACACAAGAGGUAAUGUAAGAGAUUUUGAUCGUUGGGCAGAAGCAGGAAAUCGAGGAUGGUCUUAUAAAGAUGUACUACCGUAUUUCUUAAAAAACGAAAACAUAAACGUACCAGAAUUAAAAAGGUCCCCUUAUCACGGAGUUGGAGGACCAUUGCCGAUUAGCUAUCCUGAAUUUAAGUCAAAACUGGUCGAUGCAUUCUUGGAGUCAGCACCUGAGGUCGGAAUGUCUGUUGGCGAUUAUAACGCACCAGGUAGUAAUGUGGUCUUUUCCAGAAUUCAAAGUACAACGUCGAAUGGUAGACGAGUUACUUCUGCGAGAGCAUAUCUCCACGAAAAAUUAAAUAAUCUGCAUAUAGUUGAAUUUGGGUAUGUCACAAAAAUUUUAAUUGAUGACCAAACAAAAGUGGCGUAUGGGGUCGAGUUCAUGAAGAAUAAAAGGAAAAGAAGAGUAUUUGCUAAAAAGGAAGUUAUAAUAUCUGCAGGCACGUUUAACUCGGCUAAACUGUUAAUGUUGUCAGGUAUUGGGCCUAAAGAACAUCUUGGCCCUUUAGGUAUAAAAACCGUAAGUGAUUUACGUGUUGGAGACAACUUACAAGAACAYCCAGCAUUUGCCGGGCUAACUUUUCUAGUAAACGAAACUAUAUCAUUCGUUCCGGACAGAAUAUAUCGUGAUUUAAUAAACGAAGCAUUUAAAAUAUAUGAAAAAAGGAGUUGGAUGACGACUUUACCCCCAGAAGGCGUUGGUUACGUGAAAACCAAGUACAACACGGAUAUAGGAGACAUACCUGAUAUUGAGUAUAUAUUCCUGUCUACCAGUUUGGCGGGAGAAGCGGGUUUGGGWGGCAGUAUUGGACGGAGGUCGAUGGGUAUACCCGACAGGCUGUACUACGAAACGUAUAAYGGCAUCUUAGCACGUGACACUUGGUCGAUUUGGGUUAUGUUGAUGUAUCCGGAAAGCAGAGGACAGGUAAGGCUGCGCAGCGCUAAUCCAUUUGACAAACCGGUGAUAAACGCGAACUUUUUCRCCGACCGUAUGGAUUUGAAACGAAUCGUAGAAGGCAUAAAAAUGACGAUUGAACUCAGCAAAACUAAGGCGUUUCAAAAGUAUGGUUCCCGUUUACAUAAAACUCCCAUGCUCGGAUGUAGGCAUUUAGAAUUCGGCACCGAUCAGUACUGGGAGUGUUGUGUGGAGACGAUGACAAUGCAGAUGCACCACCAGAGUGGCACGUGCAAAAUGGGACCAGAAUGGGAUCGUAACGCUGUAGUGGAUUCUCAGCUGAAGGUGUAUGGUGUGAAUAAGCUAAGGGUGAUAGACUGUUCUAUAAUGCCCACAAUUACAGGAGCUCACACUGUUGCACCGACAUACAUGAUUGGCGAGAAAGGCGCCGAUUUAGUUAAGUCUACUUGGUUGAACAAAAUUUAGACAGGAUUCUGAUCAUAACCUAAUAUAUAUAUAUAUAUAUAAAUUAAAUGUUGUGCUUGAAACACUUCUAAGAAAGAAUAUCAGUGAAAAUUAUUAUUUAUCUAUUCUGUGUUA